AUGGAUAAAUGGCUUGAAGGAGUUCUCACUUCUGGUCACACCAACCCUUUCAACUCCGAGGUUGAUUUCUCAAUCAAGAUCGAUACGAUUUUUAUCAGUGGAGGAAGAUCUUCAUGCCUUAAUCGAUUCUCAAGACUUGCGUUUCAUGGGCAUGAUGAAUCUAAAAAUUCAAGUAACCAAGGAAAUUUUCUUGAACUUCUCAAGUUUCUUGCUGAUCAUAAUGAAGAUGUCAAAGUGGUUACAUUGAGCAAUGCUCCACAAAAUAUCAAGUUGACAUCUCCUGAUAUUCAAAAAGACAUUGUAAAUGUGGCCGCAUUUAAAACUAUCAAUGUGAUUAUUAGAGGUCUUGGUGAUGCACUUUUUUCUAUUUUGAUUGAUGAAGCCGGUGACAUAUCAAUCAAGGAGCAAAUGGCAGUUGUAAUACGAUAUGUUGACAAAAAAGGCCAAGUGAUUGAGCGCUUUUUGGGUACUGAGCAUGUUGUUAAUAUGAAUGCUCUGUCACUUAAACAAGCUAUGGAAAAUUUAUUCUCCAGACUUGGGUUGAGUAUUUCCAAAUUGCGGGGUCAAGGUUAUGAUGGGGCUAGUAAUAUGCAAGCCAUGGCAAAGAAUCAUAAUCAAAUUGCUUUACUUUUCACUUUGGUUUCUAAUGUGGUGAAUGUUGUUGGAGCAUCAUGUAAACAUCGAGAUAUUAUUAGGGAGAAGCAAGCUGCAAAAGUUGCUGAGGCACUUAAUACUGGAGAGCUAUCUAGUGGGCAAGGCUUAAAUCAAGAAACUAAUCUUAAACGUGCUGGUGAUACACGUUGGGGUUCACACUAUGGUACUUUAGUCAGCUUGGCUAGUAUGUUUUCAACAGUGAUUGAUGUACUUGAAAUGAUUUUGGAGGAUGAUGUCAAAGUGGUUACAUUGAGCAAUGCUCCACAAAAUAUCAAGUUGACAUCUCCUGAUAUUCAAAAAGACAUUGUAAAUGUGGCCGCAUUUGAAACUAUCAAUGUGAUUAUUAGAGAUCUUGGUGAUGCACUUUUUUCUAUUUUGAUUGAUGAAGCCGGUGACAUAUCAAUCAAGGAGCAAAUGGCAGUUGUAAUACGAUAUGUUGACAAAAAAGGCCAAGUGAUUGAGCGCUUUUUGGGUACUGAGCAUGUUGUUAAUACGAAUGCUCUGUCACUUAAACAAGCUAUGGAAAAUUUAUUCUCCAGACUUGGGUUGAGUAUUUCCAGAUUGCGGGGUCAAGGAUAUGAUGGGGCUAGUAAUAUGCAAGCCAUGGCAAAGAAUCAUAAUCAAAUUGCUUUACUUUUCACUUUGGUUUCUAAUGUGGUGAAUGUUGUUGGAGCAUCAUGUAAACAUCGAGAUAUUAUUAGGGAGAAGCAAGCUGCAAAAGUUGCUGAGGCACUUAAUACUGGAGAGCUAUCUAGUGGGCAAUGCUUAAAUCAAGAAACUAAUCUUAAACGUGCUGUGGAGCUCAUGGUACUUAAUGAUCAACUUAAUACAUAUAUUAUCGACAUACUAUCCAGUAGUGAGUUCUCAAUAUUGAAUGGAAUUGUCGAUCUUACUAAGAAAAUGGUAGAGACUAGAAAAGACAAAGUACAUCCAUUGGUAUAUUUGCUCUUGACUUUAGCAUUAAUCUUAACUAUUGCAACUGUUAUUGUUGAGAGGGUAUUUUCAGCUAUGAAUAUUGUGAAGAAUCGGUUGCGGAACCGAAUGAGUGAUAAAUGGAUGUAUGAUAGCUUGGUUGUCUACAUUGAGAGAGAUAUUUUUGAUAGCAUUGAAAUGAUACUAUUAUGGAAAGAUUUCAAAAGAUGA